AAGCUUUACCAUCUGAGUUGUUCAUGGUUAUCCGGAAACCGCGUAAAGUCUGACUUUGCAAUUUAGUUCAAUUUCAGCAUUGCGAUCAAAACGUGCCGUUCAGAUCUCAAAAUAUACGCGGAAGUGAUAUUACCAUUAGAUAAUCGAAUACGCACCGUUGAAGAUGCCUAAAUAUUCCAUUAAAGUAAAAUGGGGCAAAGAGGUCUUUCCAAAUGUAGAAGUUAAUACAGACGAAGAGCCUAUGUUGUUCAAGGCACAGCUCUUUGCGCUAACCGGAGUUCAGCCGGAAAGACAGAAGGUCAUGUUGAAAGGAAUGACGCUAAAGGAUGACGAGUGGGGAAACAUGAAGCUGAAAGAUGGAGUGACUAUCUUACUAAUGGGAUCGAAAGAAGAGGACGUUCCAACGGAGCCAGCCGAAAAGCCAUUGUUUUUAGAGGAUAUGAAUGAAUCGGAAUUAGCAACUGCUUUAAAUGUACCAGCUGGUUUAACAAACUUAGGAAAUACAUGUUACUUGAAUGCAACGGUGCAAUGUUUAAAAACUGUGCCAGAAUUGCGAGAUGCACUUAAGAAUUUUUCUGGAGGACUUGCUGCAUCCAGUAGCGUAUCUUAUGUCCCAGCUCAGAGCGUAACGGCUGCAUUGCGGGAUUUGUACGAAGGCAUGGAUAAAGGAUCCUCAUUGCCCCCUGUGGUACUCGUACAGAUGAUGCAUCUCGCAUUUCCAAGAUUUGCAGAGAAAUCGGAGCACGGUGAUUUCCAACAGCAGGAUGCUGCCGAAUUUUGGAACGAGUUGAUCAAAAUGUUGCAGGAGAAAUUGCCAGCAAAGGAAAGUCCUGUGAAUACAGACAGUCCACAGUUAUUUAAACCACGUUCCCUGAUCGAGCAGUACUUUGGAGGUAUGUUCAGUAUCGAACUAAAGUGUACGGAAGCAGAAGACGAACCAACGACUUUCAAGACGGAGGAAUUCUUACAGUUAAGCUGUUACAUUACAAUGGAUGUCAGAUACAUGCACUCUGGUAUUAGGAGCAAAAUGCAAGAACAGAUUACUAAGAAGUCCCCGACACUCGGCAGAGACGCCAUUUACACAAAAACGUCAAAAAUUAGUAGGCUGCCAGCCUAUUUAACUAUCCAGUUUGUUCGGUUUUUUUACAAAGAGAAAGAGGCGAUUAACGUAAAAAUUUUGAAAGACGUCAAGUUCCCCAUGGAGUUCGAUGCCUUUGAAUUUUGCACGAGUGAGCUUCAAAGUAAGCUUACACCGAUGCGAGAUAGAUUCAAAGAGUUAGAAGACUCCGUGGUCGGGCAGGCAUCUUCCGUCAAGGAUAAAGACAAGGGUGACGGCAACAAGAAACCUGUGAAAGAAGAACCUUUUUGGUUUUCGGAUGAUAUAGGGUCGAACAAUAGUGGUUACUACACGUUACAAGCGGUUCUUACGCAUAAAGGACGUUCGAGUAGCAGUGGCCACUACGUGGCUUGGGUACGACAGAAGGACGAUACGUGGUUGAAAUGUGACGAUGACGCGGUCAAUGCGGUAACCGGUGAAGAAAUCUUGAAACUCAGUGGCGGGGGUGACUGGCACUGUGCAUACGUAUUGCUUUACGGCCCUCGAAUUCUGGAAGUUCCUGUACCUGAAGCGGAGUAACUUUCCUAUUGUCCGUCAGUUAUUAUUUAGCCGACACGGGACCCCGGCGACACGAUGCUUCGAAGUGAGGAAAAUAAUAACGGUAUAAGUGCAGUCGGCUGCAUGUGAUUAUUAUGCCAAGUUAAAUCUCCGCCAUUGGUACUAUUUAAACAGCAUUGGGGCGUGUUGAAUACGGCCAGUGAUCUCUCUUACUAGGUACACUUUGGUAAGAUUAGACUUUUUCAACGCGAUACAUAGAGCAAAGGACUAUUUGUUACUGCGAAACUUCUAUGUGUUCUUUUAUAAUAUUAAAGUAACAAUUAUUUAAA